AUGUCCUCGCUUUACAACUUUAAAAAGAUCGAGCCGGUGCCUACGGCCACUGACUUUAUUGACAUUAUCUUGUCAAAGACCCAGCGCAAGACCCCUACAGUCAUUCGCAAAAACUACAACAUUGGCCGUAUUCGACAAUUUUAUAUGCGCAAGGUCAAAUUCACCCAAGAUAGUUUUGAAGAAAAGUUCAAGGCUAUCUUGGACGAAUUCCCAAAGUUGGACGACGUUCACCCAUUCUAUGCCGAUCUCAUGAACGUGUUAUACGACAAGGAUCAUUACAAGUUGGCUUUGGGUCAAAUCAACACAGCACGCCACUUGAUUGACCAAGUAGCAAAGGAUUAUGUUCGUUUGCUCAAGUUUGGUGAUUCGUUGUACCGCUGUAAACAGUUGAAGCGUGCUGCCUUGGGAAGAAUGGCCACGAUCAUGAAACGUCAAAAGGACAGCUUAGCAUACUUGGAACAAGUUCGACAGCAUUUGUCUCGUCUCCCAUCGAUUGAUCCCAACACCCGCACGUUGUUGAUCUGUGGUUAUCCCAACGUGGGCAAAUCGAGUUUCAUCAACAAAAUCACCCGCGCUGAUGUCGAUGUCCAACCCUACGCUUUCACCACGAAGUCCUUGUUUGUCGGCCACAUGGAUUACAAGUAUAUGCGAUGGCAAGUCAUUGAUACGCCCGGUAUCUUGGAUCAUCCCUUGGAGGAGCGUAAUACCAUUGAGAUGCAGUCCAUUACUGCCAUGGCCCAUUUGCGAUCAUGUGUCAUGUAUUUCAUGGAUUUGUCCGAACAGUGUGGCUACAGUGUUGAGGAUCAGGUCAAGCUUUUCCACAACAUCAAGCCCCUCUUUGCCAACAAGCCAAUCGUUCUUGUGAUCAACAAGAUUGAUCAGGUCAAGCCUGAAGAUCUUCCUGCCGAACAACGUGCCUGGAUUGAGGAAAUCAUGAACCAAGACGCCGCUACUGUGUUGACCAUGUCGUGCUAUUCCGAAGAAGGUGUCAUGGCCGUGCGUAACAAUGCUUGUGACAAACUUUUGGCCGCUCGUGUCGAAAUGAAGAUGUCUGGUAACAAGAUCAACGACGUGAUCAAUAAGAUCCAUCUUGCCAUGCCCACUGCCAGAGACACUGUGGCUCGUCUGCCCAAUAUCCCUGACGGUGCUUUGAGCAAGGCCAAGUAUGAUGUCAAUGAUCCUAACAGACCGAAAUUGGAGAAGGACCUCGAGGUCGAAGCAGGUGGUGCUGGUGUUUACAGCGUCGAUCUCAAGAAGAAAUACUUGCUUGCCGAUGAGGAUUGGAAGAAAGACACCAUCCCUGAGUUCUGGGAAGGCCACAAUGUCGCUGACUUUAUCGAUCCCGAAAUCGAAGAGAAGCUUGAUGCCCUCGAGCGUGAAGAAGAACGUCUUGAGAAGGAAGGAUUCUAUGACAACAACGAGCCCAUCAUGGACUCGGAUGAAGAAGAGCUUCGAAGCACAGCUGACGCUAUUCGGGAACGCAAGAGACUCAUUGUCCAAGCGCAUCGUGCAGCUCGUGGCAGCAAGAACAACGUGCUUCCAAAGAAGAUUACCACCAAGACUGCAACUGUGGACGACAUGAACGUUCACUUGAGCAAAAUGGGCAUUGAUGCCGACGCUGCUGUGGAACGUACAAAGGCAAGUGCUGCAGGUCGCAAGCGUACUCGCGCGGAAGCUAUUCCCGAUGAAGCUGUCAAGGACGCCGAUGCAGCUGCCCGAGACGAAGUGAUGACUCAGGAGAUGAGCAACCUUGGUUUCCGCAACGUCAAGCAAAAGAAGGAAGCCGAUAAGCAAAAGAAGCUGGUACAGGUCCAGAACAACAAGUUUGGCAAGCGUGGCGACUCGGACCGAUCGAUCCAGACCAAGAUGCCCAAGCAUUUGUUCAGUGGCAAGACCUCCAUGGGCUCUCGCGACCGACGAUAA